AUGCCGCCGCUGCCCCGCGCCAGGGCCCGGCAGGACGGUGAGCGCUGGGCAUCGGCGCUGCAGCGGGCGCAGCGGGAGGCGCUGGAGCGGGAGGCGACGCGCGGCGCCGAGCAGGCACGGCAGCAGGAGCUCAUCCGCGACAUGAAGGAGCGGCUGCUGGAGCUGCUGCGGGAGAAGGAUGCCCUGUGGCAGAAGACAGAGGGCAUUGACACCCCGAUGCCCAGUCCGGUGCCCCGCGACCCAGGGUUGUGUGCCCGCUGCCGCAAGGAUUUCCGUCUCCUCUCCCGGCGGUACAGCUGCAGGCUGUGCCAGGGCAAGGUGUGCCACACGUGCUCUGUGGACAUGGGAAAGCACGGCCGCUGCUGCCUGGUUUGCUACCAGCAAGGGCAACCGCAAGCUACGUGAGCGGGGACAGCAGCCCUGGCACCGUGUCUGGGACACCUUCUGUCCUGGCUGCCUCCUCUUGGACUUAUUGGGUACCCAGGUGUCCAGGGCCUGCAUGCAGGUCCUGCUGCCCAACAUUUUGGGUUUGACAUGUGUCUUUCUUGCGGCUGGUCCACAAAGAGGAAAACUACUCAUUUCUGCUA